AUGAUUGACUCCUUCGAGUCGAUCAAGUACCCAGUGCCUUUCCGGACGGCGCCGCUAAGGACUGAAAGCUUGGAUGGUGGGUCAAAGUCGAAAGUUCCGUUAUUGCCAGCGACGUUCCGGAGGAACUACAAGAUCGAGCGCAUCGACAACAACAUCGGUGCAUUUCUGGAUGUCGAGCUGAAUGUUCGCCGUUUGAACGAGGUUCACGAAUGGCUCUGGUUGGUGGGUCUGCCAACCGCGCCGCGGCCUCUUCAUUAUCAAGUGGUGAAGAAACGAGAGAUUAUUGUGACGGAACAGUUGGACCUGCAUCUUGUUUGGUCGUCGGCGCCUUCGUCGUUGAUUCUUCUCAAACCGCUGCCUCGCUUCCUCUUUUGCCCAGACUUUUGGACUGAGCAGAUUUGCCCACGUCGGCACCUGUACGAGACUGCACUGGGAUUUUUGCUGUCGUAUGUCGCGCUCAUCGAAAGAGAAGUCGACUACAACUUAGCCAUCUACCAUGGUCUCAUUCCCAAGGAAAUUACUUGGUCUGCGUGGCUGACGCUCGUUGACGAGGUCGUUCGCGCCUCUGUACAGGUGCACACGAUCGACGCAUCGACUACAUCGUCUGUAGAUUCGCUUGAAGCGCGUCCAGUCGUGAACCAACGCUUCAACUACGGGGAGUUGCGCCUCGGGCGGCUGAACUGGAUAUACCGCCUGACUAUGGGCGAGUUUCGCGGUUACCUUAGCGGUUGCACGACGUACGGGGCUUUCAUGCGUGACAACAUCAACAGUCUCAUUACGCUGUUCGCAUACACUACCAUUGUGCUCUCUGCGAUGCAGGUCGGGCUUGCGACAGAGCCCCUUGCAAACGAUUACUCCUUCGGCAUGGCGUCAUAUGUCUUCUCCAUAUUCUCCAUUUUAGCACCACUAGCAUGCAUUGUAGCGAUACUGGGCGUCAUAACCAUGAUGUUCGUCAUCAAUCUGGUGAGACUUGCAGCAACUGCGUUCAUGAAUGUCUGCGUGAAGGAAACAAUAGCUCGGAGUCGACCAUCGGAUCGUCUUGAUUUGUCUUUCAGGCUCCAACUCUUCGACAGAAUAUUCGCAAAGUACGGCAUGAUGAGCGGAGAACCAAUCGAGCUCGCCAAUCUCGGAGCCGUGGAAGCGCCAACGGCUGCAGCGAUAUCUGAUUCCACUGCACCGCUUCCUCAGUACCCUCGUGGUAUCCGCUUGGUUCUGAUCACAGUCGGCCUUAUCCUUUCCAUCUUCCUCGCGGCUUUAGACUCGACAAUCAUCGCUACAGCAAUUCCGAGCAUCACCACCCAAUUCGGCAGUAUCAGCAAUAUAGCCUGGUAUGGCUCGUCAUACUCUAUCACUAACACUGCGUUCCAAUCCGCGUGGGGCAAAGCUUACCAGUACUUUAACCUCAAGGCCACGUUCAUGUGUGCGAUUGCAGUGUUCGAGAUUGGUAAUGUAAUAUGCGCAACUGCACCAUCGAGUGAGGUGUUGAUCUUUGGAAGGAUCGUGGCUGGCAUGGGCGGUGGUGGGGUGAUGACGGGCGCGUUCAUCAUCAUCGCAAUCACUGCUGGGCCGGAGUACAGAUCAGCGUAUAUGGGUGUGCUGGGUGUGACGUUUGGAUGUGCGAGUGUCGUAGGGCCGUUGAUGGGUGGUGCUUUGACAGAUGGCCCCGGAUGGAGGUAUUGCUUCUGGAUCAGUCUACCGAUCGGUUUUGCUGCAGCGCUCACGAUGUUUCUUUGCUUCAAGAACCCCGAAAAGCCCAAAGACGUACCUCUCCGCGAGAAAGUAUUGAAUCUGGAUCUUAACGGCGCAGUGUUACUUUCCGGGUGUUUCUCGUGCUUCAUUCUGGCCAUGCACUGGAUAGGCAUCAUGCCUUGGACGAGUGCUCGUGUUAUUGGCAGUUUUUUGGGCUUCGCAAGUCUCUUCAUCUGCUUUGCGGUCAACGAGUAUGUUAUGGGCAGCCGUGCUAUGGUACAAUUCCACUUGUUCAAGAACAAAUUGGUUUCAGCCAAUUUGUUCUAUGCCAUGUUCCUUGCAGGCGCCUUCUUCCCACUUAUGUAUACGCUACCCAUUCAGUUUCAAGCUGUCGACAACAACACGGCUUCGCAAAGCGGUAUCCGGCUCAUCCCACUUGUCAUGGGCGUCUCGGUCUUCACCAUGAUAUCGAAUGGACUGCUCACAUUUUGGCGCCAUUACAAGCCCUUCUUCUUACUCGGCGCACUCUUUGCUGUGGUUGGCAAUACGAAGAUACACUCCCUGGACGCCAGUACACCAAUCAAAGACUGGGUUGGCUUCGAACUCUUGACAGCCAUGGGAGUUGGCCUCGCUCUUCAAAUCCCGAUGAUCGCGAACCAAGCCCUGGUUCCCGCUGAAGACCUGGGAGCAGCAACAUCCAUGUCGCUGUUUAUGGAGAAUUGUGGUACUGUUCUAUUUGUCGCAUCGGGUGAAGCAGCUUUCACGAACGGACUCCUUUCAAGUCUUGCCCGUAAUUUGCCACAAGUCGAUGCGAAAGUGGUAUUAAAUGCCGGCGCGACGCAGAUACGCGCUCUUUUCUCAGGUCACGAGCUGGAGCAGGUGUUGGGUGGAUAUCUAGAUGGUUGUAAGACAAGUCAUAUCGUUACUGUGGCUUGUGGAGCGAUGGCUGCGGCGAUCAGUUUGUCGAAUGCAGGGCCGGCAGCCAUCAAAGAGUUGAAGAAGAGUAUCGAAAAGAGCCAUGAGCGAUGA